CGAAAGAAUGACAAGGAAACUCGAGCUUUUGUGUCUGUCGACACGUGUGACGGAGGAUCAUGUCCUUAAUUCCUGGCAGCACGUUGGAGCCCUUGCUCACAGUGCACACUUCCAGGUUUUGGCACUCUUUGCCACAACUUGCCCCCGCCAUGCUCCCUUGUGUUCUUUUCAUGCCAUGAGAUGACUGAACCUAGAGGCGGAGCCUCCCUCUCUACAUUGUCAAGAAACGACCAAGUACAUUCUUGGACACUAGUUACAAACCAAGCUCUUGAACGCGCCUGGCGCCUGGCGAGGGGCUCCGUGACGCUGGCGGCUGCUUUCCUGACAGCCACCCUCUUCUACUUCAGAGGGCUGCAUUUAGGCUUAGGGCACUGGCUGAAAUGGUGGAUUGGAUAUCUGCAGAGAAAAUUCAAAAGAAACCUCAGUGUGGAGGCGGAAGUUGAUUUACUCGGUUACUGUGCCAGAGAGUGGAGGGGAGACACCCCCCGGGCCAAGCUGAUGAGGAAGGCUCAUGAGGAGCUGUUCUGGCGGCACCACAUCAAGUGUGUUCGGCAGGUCAAGCAGGACAACUACAAUGCCCUGCGCUCCGUGUUGUUUCAGAUCUUCAGCCAGGGCCUCUCCUUCCCCUCGUGGAUGAAGGAAAAGGACAUUGUCAAGCUUCCUGAAAAACUGCUAUUUUCCCAAGGCUGUAAUUGGAUCCAGCAAUACAGUUUUGGUCCUGAGAAGUAUACAGGCUCAAAUGUGUAUGGAAAAUUACGUAAAUGUGUGGAAUUAUUGAAAACACAGUGGGCCGAAUUUAGUGGCGUUAAAGAUUAUCACAAGAGAGGAGCUCGGUGCAACAUCCUUUUCUCCAACGCUGUGUUGGAGCAUAAGCUUUACGAAGCACUGAAGUUCACCAUGCUGUAUCACGUGACUGAAGUCUAUGAACAGAUGAAAACGAACAAGAGCAUCCCCGGGCUGUUCCGACUGCUGUUUUCCAGGGAGACAUCUGCGGAUCCUUUGAGCUUCAUGAUGAAUCACCUGAAUUCUGUGGGCGACACCCAUGGGUUAGAGCAGAUUGAUAUGUUUAUACUUGGAUAUUCCCUUGAAGUGAAGAUAAAAGUGUUUCGAUUGUUCAAGUUUAACUCCAGAGACUUUGCCGUCUGCUACCCAGAGGAGCCGCUCCGGGAGUGGCCUGAGAUCUCUCUGUUGACGGAGAAUGACCGCCACUACCACAUUCCUGUCUUUUAAGUCUGCCGUGGGCCAGGCGCUGGCUCUCACCAGGGACAGUGGUCACCCUUGCAACCAAAGUAUUUCCCCCAGGAAACCAAGGUAGCAUUUCAGCUGUGGAAGGAAUGAGGACCCUCUGCUGGGAAUUGCAAGUCCACUGGGGAGGAGAUGCACGAAUGGCUUUCCUUUUCUUUUCAGCGAUUUCCUCCAAUGUAGCUGCACUCAUACAUUUGGGAAUUAGAAGUUUGACCUCUUUCAUCAAGGUCAAUUGACCUGGUCACUUCCCAUCGUGGCAGGCCUUUAAGACACAGCGAAACUUAAUAUAGACGACAGAAAGAAAAGAAAAUAAGUAGAGGGAAAUGGCUAACCUGGAAAGAAUUUCCUUAUCUCUGACCUUUGUGUUCUACAGUAGGAAUUUCACCUUGGGCUGAUUUUGGAUCUUCAUAAACAUGGCAAUAUUUUAUAAGCAUUAUCCUGGGAAUCUCUGCUGUACUUUAAUUUUUCUACAAUCAUUGGAUUAACAUUAAAAGAAUGUGUAUGUGUGUUUAUGUAUAUGUGUUUACAUACAAACAUUGAUACACAUACAAAUAACCACUACUUUGUACUAUUGUACAGUUGAUUUUGUUUCUGCAUCUGUUGUUACUAUUGAUCUGCCCAGCUUGAUAGGUGUCACUUAGAUUUUU